AUUAAGCACUUGGCCAGAUUCAUCAACAACAGCAAUACGACUGGCCAAAGUACAGAAAGCGGGUGAGACUCAUUCUCAGAAUUUCAAAGUGGGACAUCUCUCGAACACGUGAAAGUUGAUUGGUAACUUCAGCGAUGCCAGAAGGACUUUGUAAGGUGGUUUGGAGCAGGAGGACUGCUGCAAUUUAUAUUUUAGCUUUUUGUCACUUUUUAAGCGUUGAACUGGCGACGACUCAACCUUCUCUAAGCACGAAGCAAUCAGCUUCACAUGCAAAGCUUGUGAGAAGCAAAGACACUCAAGCUGAUAGAAUGAAGGCUGGUGAAAUCGUAGAGGAAACCCAUGGUAUUUACGAAAUAUCGAAAUCCACUCCAGUUACCCAAGCUUCAACAACAACAACAGCAAUAACUAUGUCCACAGUUCCAGCAAAAGUCGAUACCACACCUCUACCUGCAUCUACAGGAAGCUCUGGAACAACGUCCGUCGAGCCAAGUAACAAAGACCUAACGGUAACAAUACCUAUCGUGACGUCAUAUUUCGUUAGCACGUCAUCGGUGGUAAAACUGCAGAUUACUUCAAAGUCUACAGUUGUUGAUUACGUAACCCCGAAAAGAGAAAAAGGAGGGACAUCUCAAAACGAAUGGAAAGCAUCAUCUUCACCCAAGCGAGUUAUGAGUUCAUCCGAGGGUUUGGGAAUAAAGGCAUCAAAAGCUGGUGAACACAAAGGUUCUUCUACGGCUAGCUCAGGUCUGUCAAAACAAAUCAGUUGGCUUACUCCGGUCAAGAAGGAAAUACCAGUUUCUCCGGUGUUUGAAAUAAUGGUUUCCUCAAGCCUGAAGAAACAAGUUAGCUCCCCUCCAUCACCCUCAACUCAAAGCAUGCAGCAAAGGGCAUCUCUGUCAACUUUGAGAAACGAACCUUCCUCAUUUUCGAGGAAACAAGCUUCGUCUUACCGUAAAUCUUCGCUGGUAAAAAUAUCUCGAAGCGAUUCAGUUCCUUCUGCAUCCUCAGUCGUGAGGCUUUCACGUAAUAUGGAAAUCAAUACCACUCUUGUUGUUCUUGAAAAAUUAAACUCCUCUUUACCAUUUUCGUCUUCAAUAAAAAUACCGAUGUCCUCACAAGUCAAAGACGAAUUUACCCCAUCGAAAGUAAUAGAUUUAAAGACAUCUUCUAACCUCAAGGAACGAGCUCCUUCAACUUCAAAGAUAUUAAUGUCUUCUUCAAGACUAACUUUGUUCUCUCCAGCAAAUAUAAGCACGUCUUCACCUUUAGUUACAGAAAUAACGACCUUAGUUUCCACUGUGGCAAUUUCUCAAAACGUAAGCAUUAAUAAAUCCCUAAACCAGAGCCAGGAGUCAAUGUAUUCUCAAACAAAGGAAGGUACGAAAUCAUAUCAAGCAGUGGAAACUGUUACGCCUUCACACCUAAAAAAAUUCACUACUGCUAACAUGAUAGGAGCUACCACGUAUGUAACAGUAGAACCAUCGCCAUGGAAACUGUCACCUCAAGCGUCAAGGCAAAAUACAUCAUCUUCAUUGCUACAGUUACAAGACGACAUGAUGACAUCACUGAAACCUAAGAGUACUAUCAUGUCCUCCCAAGUCAUCUCUUCUCCAUGGAGGGAGACUACGCUGUCUUCCAAUAUGGAUAAUUUGGUUACUUCCUCUCUCCCUAUGACCGUCGGAGUUCUAUUAUCAUCCACACCUGAAGGGGAGGCGGCAAAGGCGAGUUCGCAGUCCUCAACUGAGAAUAGUCCGACGCCGGAAGCGAAUGUCCCUGUCACAAAACCAGUCAAACAAACAACAUCGCUUCCAGAACCGCAAACAACACAAAUGAAGACUAAACCAGUAACAGAACACUCAACCAUUCACCACAAUGAAUCCACCCACCACAGCAAGCCCACUCACCAUGGAGAGUCAAAUGACACGCAUAAAAAUGAUAGUGAUCACACCGGCCCGCAUGGCAAAAUGGGUCAUCCUCACGAGCCUUCUGAUGCAGACGCUUUGACUGAAGGGAAUAAAGUUAAUGAGGGCUGGCAGAUUUCUAUUUACAUUGUGGUUUCUCUUAUAAGUGGGAUUAUUGCAUUUGUAAUAGUUAUGGUGGUCAAAAGCAAUCGCCAGAUGAGACACGUCAGAUUACGAGAGAGUCAGCGUAAACGCAAACGCGAGUUGGCAAGAGAAAAAGCCGCCGCACUGAGAGCGAUCAAAACAGAAGAACCAAAGCCUCAUACAGAAAAGAAGAAGGAUGAUAACAGGUUGAGUUUCCUCAAACAUGACCCUGAAGAGUCCAUCCCGCUCCUUGAACUCCAUAUUACAGACGGUGAGGCUCCUGUGCUUAGUGGUCACCUGGAGAAACAGAGACCACAGGACAUCAGACCUACUGAACCAUCCACCUUUGAUACAGAUACAAAACCACCGAUGGAGGAGAAUGCAAACAUACCGCCUGAAACCCCCACCUUUCAAAUUGCCUGAGGGGGAAGGACAAGAAAUUGUUGGAUUUCUGGGUGUCAUAGAAAUCGCACAUAUAGUUAACAAUUUUUUUUAAUAAGCAGCACUAUCAUUUAAAAGUAAAUGGAAAGAAUCAGUAAAGGAAACAUCAGUAAAAGAAUAAGCUAUUAAAACUAGACGCCAUUUUUUUGUAGAACUUUAAUUUCUUUUCGAUACUCGUUAUGAAAACUUUGACUACCAGAUGAUUGACUGUUUCGUAUUUGUUACAAGGUCUGAUAACAGUUUGAACUGUGUCGAUGAAAUACUUUUACCCAUUGUUUAUAAAUUGUGAAUUUUUAACGUCAAUGU